AUGGAAAAUUUGGCUGAUGAAUUGAUAAAUUAGAAUUAAUAUGAAGAAGCAUAAAAACUUUAUAAUUAAUGUGAAUAGACAUAAUCAAUCUUGAUAAAAUAAGCUCUAUUGGCACAUAAGAUUGGACUAUUUAAAGAAUCAAUAAACUAUUAUUGGUUAGCAUAUGAUAAAGGCGAGAAGAAAAAUGAAAUAUUAAUAAAAAUAGGUAUUUAUUAAAAAUAUAACAAUAAGGCAAGUUGCAGACUUAAAUAGGGAACUAUAAUUAAGCAAUAUAAGUAUUUAACAAGAUUUUAAGUAUUGAUCAAAAUAAUCCAAUUGCAAUGGGAGAAUUAGGUUUUUUUAAGAAAUUAUUAUAAAGGAUAUACAUAUUAUUGCAUGGAAGAUCAUACGAAUGCUAUUUCUUUAUAUACAAAAUGUUCUCAGUUCAUUAGUAUAAUACCUAAAUUCUUAACAAAAUUAGGAAAUGAACUUUAUAGUGAAUAUAAAUAUAAUACGGCAAAGCUUUAUUUUUUAACAGCUUAUUAGAUUGAUAAUUAAGUAUAUAAUACUGUAUUGGGUUUGGUUAAUACUUACAUGAAGCUAGAAGAGUAUGAAUAGUCUUUAUAAUAUUGUGAAAUUCUUUUGAAAUUGGAUUCGAAUUGUGGAGCUGGAUAUUUAAGAAAAAGUAUAUUUAUUUUUAAUUAUAAAGUUUAAAUAAGUAUAAAGAUUAAUCAAUUGAAUGAAGCAGAAGAAAUCAUAAAAAAAUUAGACUUAAAAUUACUUGAUGAAUAAGAACAUUAUGAUUUGAUCUAGUUAAAGGGAUUAAUACUUUUCAAGAAAUAAUAAUACCAAGAUUGCAUAAAUUAACUUAUGAAUGUAGUAAAGGAUGAUUAAUAUUUAAUUUAAUUGCAUGUCCUUAUUGCUAAAUGCUAUUAUAAACUGUAAUAAUAUGAAGAAGCAUUAAAUUAAUUGGAAAUGGUUUUUGAUGUCUAUUAGAAUUAUUAUUCAGCUUUAAAGUUAUAAUGUAAUAUCUAUAAUAAUAAUAAUUUUAGACAAGAUUUUACUUCAGAUUAAUAAAAUAUAGGAGGCC